GCUGUCACACACACGUGUGGACGUUUCCUGUCAGAGGGGUGGCCUGGUCAACACGCAGGAACAGCGCGUCUGGAGUGGUUUUAAACUAUGGACCAGUUACCCGCGGACCUAAGAACAUUUCUUCUUAAACACCCCUCUCUUCAAUUAACAGAUGGAAACAAGAUCAAAUGCACACUGAAUGGACACGAGUUUCCGAGCAACCUGACGGAGCUGCAGAAGUUCACUCAAGGGAAGAAAUACGAGAAACUGAGCGCUGCAGCCCAGUUCAACUACAGCCAGUAUGAGCCACACAUAGUUCCAAGCACAAAACAACCGAAUCAGUUCUUCUGUAAACUAACCCUGAGACAUCUCAACCGGCAGCCGCACCACAUCCUCAGACAUGUCAAUGGGAAACGAUUCAAAAAGGCCCUCGCCACGUAUGAAGAGUGUGUGAAACAAGGGAUCCAAUAUGUUCCACCUUGUCUCAGACGGAAAAAGCGCCAAACCACAGACGAGGAGGUCAGUCAGGAUGUGGCUUCAGAACACGAAGGCAGCCAGAUGGAACCACCAUCCAGUGAAUCGGAAGAAAGCGACUCGGACGACAGCAUGAGUGACCUCUAUCCUGCAUCUAUGUUCGUUUUAAAAACGGAAGAAAGUAUAAGUGUUGAUGAUAAAGAUGACGAUGACGACUUCCGAACAGAUGAGGAAGAGGAUAUGCAGGUGGACAAGCAGGAGACGCAAAAACGUAAAAAGGUCCAGAGUGAUGGUUUUCAGAAGAAAUUCAGAAAUAAUCAGUGGAAAUCCGGACGCAAGAAACAUGGAAAAGUGAAAAACAGUGAAAAGUAAUUUGCAAAACUGUAUUUGUAUAGUAUUCUAGCACUGACCUCUAGUUUAUUGUACUUCUACAUUUAAAUUUGCCCGACUUUCGGAAUAAGUAAACACCCUUUGCCUCAGUACAUAAGAGCUGUCUGACCUCUUUGCAAAGGAUGUCUGUGUAGGUUCUGAUGAUGGACUCGUCCAGCAAGACUUGUUGAUAUGAUGUGGAAAAUGUGCUUGUGACACUUAACAGAUCAUUUUGAUGGAAAAUGUUCAAUUGUAUGGUCUUCAACAAAAUACAACUGUGGAUUUGCAAA